AUGGCUGAGGGAGAUGAUGAUUUUUCUUCCUUGCCCUUGCCAGACCGAUUCUCGCACAAGAACUGGAAAGUGAGAAAGGAAGGCUACGAGGAUGCCAGCAAGCAAUUCGAAAAGUCGCCUGACGAAUCAGACCCAGUAUUCGCGCCAUUCAUACAAGACCCCGGCUUAUGGAAAGGGGCCGUCUCAGACUCAAAUGUUGCCGCCCAAGUAGAGGGUCUUGGGUCUUAUUGUUCUUUCUUAAAAUUUGGAGGCGUACAGGCAUGCACAAGGACACGGGGCGUCACAGUUUUUCCAAUCGUUGAAAAAGGUCUACCGUCCGCCAGGCCUGCUGCGAAAACGAGCGCCCUCGAAGCCCUCCUGUUAUGUGUGGAAUUAGAUAAAGCAGACCCCGUGAUCGAAGAAAUACUGCCAGGUCUCUCACACAAAGUACCCAAAGUGAUCGCCGCGACACUGGUUGGACUGAAGACUAUUUAUCAUAAUUUUGGUUGCAAAAUUGUAGAUCCAAAGCCGGUCCUCAAGGGCCUGCCUAAAGUUUUCGCACACGCCGAUAAGAACGUUCGCGCCGAAGCACAGAACCUCACGGUCGAGCUUUACCGAUGGUUAAAAGAAGCGAUCAAGCCGCUUUUCUGGGGCGACCUCAAACCAGUUCAACAACAGGAUUUGGAAAAAUUAUUCGAAAAUGUCAAACAAGAGCCAGCACCGAAACAAGAGAGAUUUACAAGGGCACAACAAGAUGCCAUGGCCGCCGCUAGCGCUGCUCCCGAUAGCGGUGAUGCUGAAGGUGAUGGCGGGGAAGAAUAUGGAGAGGAAGAAGGAGAGGAAGUUGAUGCCUUUGAUCUCGCAGAACCUGUGGAUGUAUUUGCCAAGAUUCCCAAGGACUUUAAUGAACAACUGGCGUCAUCAAAGUGGAAAGACAGGAAGGAGGCCCUGGACGCACUUUUCACGGCGUUGAAUGUCCCCAGAAUCAAAGAUGGCCCCUUCGAUGAUAUCGUGAGAGGGUUGGCCAAGUCCAUGAAAGAUGCGAAUAUUGCGGUCGUGACCGUCGCAGCUAACUGUGUCGACCUGCUUGCAAAGGGUCUCCGCAGUAGCUUUGGCAAGUAUAGGUCGGUGAUCAUGUCGCCUAUGUUAGAGCGACUCAAGGAAAAGAAGCAAAGUGUGGCGGAUGCUUUGGGCCAGGCCCUCGAUUCGGCUUUUUCUUCUACCAAUCUGUCAGAAUGUUUGGAAGAAGUUCUCGAAUUUCUUAAACAUAAGAACCCGCAAGUCAAGCAGGAGACAUUGAAGUUCCUGAUUCGUUGCCUUCGAACUACAAGAGAUGUUCCGGCCAAACCAGAAGUGAAGUCGAUCGCUGAGGUGGCCACGAAACUUCUUACCGACUCCAGUGAGGUCAACCGUGCAGGAGGUGCUGAAGUACUUGGAACGUUGAUGAAGAUCAUGGGUGAACGCGCAAUGAACCCAUACCUGGAUGGUUUGGAUGAGAUUAGGAAGACAAAGAUCAAGGAAUUCUUUGAAACCGCUGAAGUCAAGGCAAAGGAUCGCCCUAAGCCUAUUGUCGCACCACCAAAGGCGGCCCCGGCAGCUGGCAAGAAGGUCGUUGGCGGGAAGAAGCCGGUGGUGAAAAAGGCGGCUCCUGCUGCUGCACCUCCUCCCGAAGAGCCUGCCCCGGCCCCGGCCAAGCCUACUGUGAAAUCAAAGUUGGGCGGCCUUGCAAAGCCUGGCGGCCUUCCUACACCAGGAUCAGGUCUCAAGCUCCAGAAAAAGCUUGCUGGCCCAGGAAGUGUGGCAUCCCCACAGCGACGAGUUGCCUCGCCUCCUUCGGAAGAGCAACCACCACCGGCUGCUCCCAAGUUUGGUCUUGGAAGAGGACUUGCAGGUCGCCCGAUAGCCAAACCAUCCCCACCCCCAGAGCCUACACCCGCCCCGGUAGCACCUCAACUGAGCGGAUUGGCUGCCAUUGAACGAGCCGAACUUGAUGAAUUGCGCAUUGAGAGGGAGCGGUUUACUAAACUGGUUGAAGAUCUGAAAUCCGAAAGGACAAGACUCAACUCACAAGUUACAGAACUCCAAGACCAAAACGCGCAACUAAUCGAAGACCACACAAGAGACGUCCUAAGUAUCAAAGCCAAGGAAACACAAUUGGUUCGGGCACGCAGCGACGCAGAGGCCGCAGAGCAGAGCGUUCAAAAGCAGCAGAGGGAGAUCGAACGGCUUAAGCGUGAACUAGCACGAGCACUUCGAGCUAGCGCAAUGAGCCCUCCUAAUGCUUUCUCUGAUAAUAUGAACAUGCCUAUUCCGGAGCAUGGCUCAGGCUACCAUGAAACUGGUAACAAUGGCCAAAGUGCAGCAUCCCGAGCCGGUCUUCAUAUGGGAUCACGGUUCGAAAGUGCACGACCACGGAGUUACGUUUCGGCCAGUCCAAGUGAAGAGAAAGAAAACAACGGCGGUCUGGAGUCUCCGGGCAUGAGCAGCAGAGAGGGAGGCCUAGGCCGACGCAAGCUCAGCCCUACAUUCGGAACCUCCUACUCUGCUUUGGGAAGCCCAACACGAUCAUCGAGGAUAGGCUCGGGCAGUGUAUCUGGGGAGGAGCAACCUGCAAGAAGCACUGAACCAGCGGAGAACUGGAAGAGAGCUGCGGAGGUCACAAGCCAGUUGAAGGCACGAAUUGAACAGAUGAAGGUUUGUAUUCCUCGCUUCGGCAUCCCUAUAACUAGAGUCAGUGCUAACUUGAAAUUUGAACAGGCAAGACAAGGAAUUUCAUCACGACCACCACCUGGCCAACGCUAA